AAAACUUCCCACCAGAGCCCAAAAAAGUUCAAAAUCCCUUUUUUUUUUCCUUUCCUUGUUUCGUCCCUGUCAAUCAACCCAUUUUUUUAAAUCAGGUUGUUUUGAUCUAUUGCUUUUGUGUGGGUUUUUUUUUGGGUGAUUUUGCGGUUUCUGACCGUGGAUUGAUUCUGGGUUUGUUGUGGAAAGUUGGAUUUGAGUAUGGAGGUUUCGGUAAUUGGGAGUUCUCAGGCGCAGAUCUGGAGAACGGAAUUGGGGUACAGGGAUUUCAGGUUCUGCUUCGCGAAGAAAGAUGAAAGCAGUAGGAUCUUGUCGAGAAAGGCAAAUCAUGUUUGCUUUGUGGGUCAAAGUACGAGGUGGAAAAGCUCCAGUCUUCGAUUUGCCGUGAAAUCCAUGAAAGCUGAACCUGUUCUUGCAUCAAAACCUUCGAGCAGACCCAAAUCCCUUGGUGGCUCUAGAUUAUUUGUUGGGCUCCCUUUGGAUGUGGUGUCUGAUUGCAAUACUAUAAACCACAAACGAGCUAUUUCAGCUGGACUUCAAGCUUUGAAAUUGUUAGGGGUGGAAGGUGUUGAAAUGCCUGUCUGGUGGGGAAUAGUUGAGAAGGAAGCUAAUGGGAAGUAUGAAUGGUCUGCCUAUCUUGCCCUUGCUGAGAUGGUUCAGAAAGUGGGUCUCAAGCUCCGUGUGUCACUCUGCUUCCAUGCUUCUAAACAACCAAAAAUCUCACUCCCCAACUGGGUAAUUCAGAUUAGUGAAUCUCAGCCCAAUAUCUUUUACACAGAUCGCUCAGGGCAGCAUUACCAAGAGUGUCUAUCACUGGCUGUUGAUGAUCUUGCCAUUCUUAAUGGAAAGACACCAAUUCAAGUUUACCAGGAAUUCUGUGAGAGCUUUAACUAUACAUUUUCAUCUUUCCUGGGUUUCACAAUCACGGGAAUCUCUAUGGGUCUUGGACCAGAUGGUGAACUUCGAUACCCCUCACACCAUUGUGCAGCCAAAAGUACCCAUGGAGUUGGGGAGUUCCAGUGUUUUGACAAAAAUAUGCUUCAACUUCUUAAGCAGCAUGCUGAAGCAACCGGAAACCCUUUGUGGGGACUAGGUGGUCCUCAUGAUGCUGCCAGUUAUGACCAAUCACCUAGUUCAAACAACUUCUUCAAGGAUCAUGGUGGAUCUUGGGAAACUCCAUAUGGGGACUUCUUCCUUUCCUGGUACUCAAGCCAGCUCAUUUCUCAUGGAAACCGUCUCCUCUCUCUUUCCUCUUCAACUUUCAGUGAUACUGCAGUAAGCAUUUACGGAAAGAUCCCACUCAUGCACUCAUGGAACAGAACCCGUUCUCACCCUUCUGAGUUAACAGCUGGUUUCUAUAAUACUGUUAACAGAGAUGGUUAUGAAGCAGUUGUGGAGAUGUUUUCAAGGAAUUCAUGCAAAAUGAUAUUGCCAGGGAUGGACCUGUCUGAUGAACACCAGCCACUUGAAUCACUCUCCAGCCCUGAGUCAUUAAUUGCACAAAUCAGAACAGCAUGCAGAAAGCAUAGGGUUGAGGUUUCAGGGGAGAACCUGGAUUCAAGAGCUCCAGGUGGAUUUGAGCAGAUCAGAAAAAACUCUUUGGGUGAGAAAUUAGUGGACUCAUUCACUUAUCAGAGAAUGGGAGCUUUUUUCUUCUCGCCAGAGCACUUUCCUUCAUUCACCGAGUUUGUCAGGAAUCUCAAUCAACCUGAAUUGCAUUGUGAUGAUCUGCCGAAGGAGGAGGAAGUAGUUCACCGUGCUCCGAACUUGAGCUCAGACUCAAACAUCCACAUGCAAGCAGCAUAGUAUAUAUUGCAUGUAUAAUGUAUAAUUCAAGUGUGUGUGCCAUAUCUUGGUACUAUAAAAGAUUGGAUUAGGAAAAGCAUACUACAGAAUAGCUUCCUUUCAAUAAUACAAUACAAUAGCCAUACCAAUAUUUUCAUAAUUUGUAAGUAGAGAGCUCAGUACAGCUUGUUCUUAAUGAUUGCAUUUGAGGCAUGGUAUAUAUUUUCGUAUUUUAUAGCUGUUGGAGCUUUUUUAGAUGCAGAAGAUAAUCAGAUUCUGGAAAAAGUAUUAUCUGAAUCAGAUAUAAUUUCCACUUUAAUAGGAGAAAUAGCAGAAUUUACAGAACAAAUAAAUUCAUUCAUUUCUU